UAGACAAUCUACUUGUAGUAGCCGUGAAGCAUUGGUUAAAAUGUGUCAAAGAGAUUAUUAUGCUACGUAUGACUGCUAAACUCUUUGAUCAUGGGGUAUCAGCAGAAGGGGGCAAUAGCAUCACAAAGAAGAAUGCAAAGACUACUAAGCAUUCUCAUGAGUCCCUAGAGAGCUUGAACAAGGUACUGGAUGAUAAGAAGGAAGCCGAGCAGAAGAACCAGGACCACCCCCUGAGCAACCUCCUCUCCCAGGUCGGCAAGCUCCAAUACGACAUACGGCUCCCGUGGAUCUUUGUCCUCACGCUGGCAUGGCUAGUGGCAGUACUCUACCUUGCAUUUGGUGCCAUAUGGCCACUGGACUGGACAUAUAUUAAGUCACAUUGUAGGGGAUGGUUCAGGAAGGGUAGUCUGAGUCCAUGGGAGGUACUGAUGGUGGGUAAGAGUAAGGCACUGGUGAAACUUUUUUCUAAGGAAGGGAUGGGAUGGAGUAGUGGAUGCAAUUGGAUUAGGUGGGUGGCAACAGUGGUGUUGGGAGGAAGUAUAAUAGGAACCAUCGUAGCGGUAGCAUUACGCGGGAAUGAUGGUAAUCCCUGUGGAUUACCGGUGGCAAUAUUCGUGGUGAUGGGAGCCGGAGCAUUGUUGGUGGGAGUAAUGGUAGCAGUGGAAGCAUUACUAGACUCUGUUUGCCAGCACGGUAGCAAAUUGUUUAUAGAGUUUAGCUGUAUAGCAGUACGGCCUUACAAGGCAGUCAUUCACUCAUUCCAAGAGGAUAGACUAAAAGAAGUAACCAAGAAACCCGAAGACAAUAUCAAGGAAACUCCAACCCUUGCCUUCCUUCAAACAUGCCGUAAUGCUCCCAUUAGAGUUGAUGUAUUCAACCUGUUUGCCCACUUCCAAGCAGUGACCCAGUACUGCCCACUGGUCCUCAUAGGUAUCCAGGGUGGACUUAAAGGCACUGACAAAACACUAGGACCCGCCAUUCACUCCCUGUACUCCAACUCUCACUUCUCCUUCACCUAUACCACUGUCCCCAUCCAAGCAUACAACCAGGUGCAAUGUGCCGUGAAAGUUGCUCUAGGAGGCAAAUGGCGUGAGUGUAGGUAUGGUAAGGAUGUGGUGUCCAAGGGGGUUAUUAGCUGGAUGUGCCUGGGGUGUGACCCCAUGGAGCAUGAUAGGAAAAGUAGGGUAAAUAAAGUAAAGGAGGGGUUAGUGGGGGUUACGAAGAAGGUAGAAAAGGAUGCAGAAGAAGGAUCAGAGGCAGGAGAGGCAGAGGAAGAAAAUGGGAAUUCAAAGACGCUUGGAGAGGCUCUAAAAGAUGUAUUGGAGAAGAUUGGUGACGUUGUGGUACAAUUGGCGAUACAGGGGGUGAAGACGGCACUAGUGGCGGCUAGGACGGGACUAGAGAAGGCUAAGGGGGAUGAUGGGGAUGACGUAGGAACCAGGUUAUAUGGGACACUAGAGGAGAACGUGGAGGAUGGGGUGGAUAAUGAAUUAAAAAAGAAACUAGAUGAGCUGACGAAUGGUAGUGGUGGUAGUGGAAUACUAAAGGAUCUAGAUGGGAAAGUAGAUAAGGCUAAUAGUGGUGAAUAUGAUCCAGGUAAGAAUGAGGUGUCAAAGGCUGUCCAUAAGGUAUUGGAGGUACUGAAGGCACUAGAGAACGGACUUGAAACGGCAGUCAGAAAGGAUAUUAAGGACGAGCUGAAUGGUCACCAGGGUGCACUCUCUCCCAAGUGCCACAACUGCGGCAAACACUCCACCAAGUGUGGCCGACAGGGAGAGAAGAGGACCUGUGACAAGUGCCACCAACCAUACAUGGACGGCACGCCAUCCCCCCUCCAGGCAUUUCUCGAGGACCGGUUACCAGGGUUUAGUUGUCAAAAGGUAGUGGACCAGGACACAGACCAUCCAGACUACCCUCCCGCUGCAUCCCACUUAGAACACUGCGGUGGCUCUGGCCAGUGCUGCCCAUUGCCAAUGGGUUUUAGAAAUCAAUUCCAAAAGGGAGGCAUCAGUGAUUGUACCGGUAAACGCCUUUAUGGCAUCCUCUACUUCUUCAGUAACGAGAACAUGAUGCAGUCGUGUGUUUAUACACUGGUCAGGGUAACUGCAGAACUCAGUGCCACCACACCACAGGUACUGGGUGACGUCUUCGGGUUCUUUAGGGGUGGUGUAGGAAAUGGAGUAAAUGGACAGGGGGAACAGAAAGACAAGAAGUGUGAUCACGGCCAAGAUAACUACUUUUGCGGCUGGUGUGCCUCUGGGCUACGGGAUGUAGUGAAAAAGAUCGAGUGGAUACCAAAGUGCUAUUGGUUGCAUGCAGGGUCACUGAGACUGUGUAUUGACAAUACUAGUGUCACUAUAGGUAGUGCUACCGAGGUCAUAAAGGCACUGAUAGACCAGUUGGCACUGGGACUACAGAAGUGGGUUGGGUGGCACGAAGGGGAUACCUGUUGUUUGGGACAGAAGAGUAAGGGUAAAAGUGAUGGUGGAGUGAGUAAGGGUAUAGGAGAGGACUGUGGAAGUUGUGGCAAAACAGUUAAUCCUGGUCCAUGUUGGUGUCCAGAUUGUAGUAUGUCUACUAGUGGUAUUUGCAGUGGUACGUGCCAAGGUUGCGCGAAUAAAAACCCUUGCUGCCACUGUGCCAGUCAACCAGAUAAAUGUAAAGUAGGCACCUGUAAGUGCUACAUCUCAGCCUACCGAAAGAAUGGUCAAAGUCCUUCUGAAGGACCCUACUACUGGCCCACCAUCUCGGACAAGCCAGAUCAGGUCCACCUCCUGGCCCGGAUUUUCCUAGGGUCAGUAUGCCUCAUCUGGAGUGGACUCAGUCAGUUGGGGUUCCUAACGGGUGAUAAGAGGUGGAAGGACAGUAAGCUGCACGAGAUAGGGAAUGACACGUCUGGUCUCGGAUCAUUCAUGGCUGCCAUGGGCUAUGACCUGGAUAGGUUGAAUGGGAGUGGUGGUAAGUACUGCCUAGGGUAGUCAUAUGGACAAGAUAGCAAACAAUGUUGUUCGGUUGAUAUGUGAUGUGAUUCCAUUAAUGCCUAAUAUGUGGUAAUA